AUGCAAUGGCUGGAUCGAUCUCGAUGGACGACUACCCCCUUCUAUGCCUUUGUCGUCGCCGUUAUUGCAUGCGGAACCAUGCCUAAAGGUUAUGAUGAGGGAGGGUUCAGUUCGAGCAUGUCGUUAACAUCUUUUGAAAAGGACUAUGACUUGAUCGCAGCGGACUGGACAGGCAGCGCGUCAGCUUUAACCAACAGAAAAGCCAAUAUUUCCUCAUUUCUAACACUAGGCGCAGCCUUUGGCGCCUUAAGUUCUCUAUAUUUGAAUGAUAGACUGGGUCGCAUUCUAUCAUUUCGUCUGGCAAUCAUAGUCUGGGCGAUUGGAACCUUUAUUCAGGUCUUUUCGUCCGGAAUCUAUGGCUUAUUACUCUUUUCUCGCAUUUUUGCAGGGUUAGGUGCUGGUCUCCUCACUGUGACCUCCCCUAUGUAUUUGUCCGAAGUGGCACCAAAAGCAACACGCGGUUUAGCAGUGGGGUUAUCAAUGGUAACUUUACUAGGAAUUCUUACACUCGGCUUCUUCAUCAAUUAUGCCGCCAGUCUCCACAUGGCCGCCACCCGCACCCAAUACCGCCUAGUCCAAGCCAUCCCAUUAAUCCCUGUCGGUUUCGUCUUCUUCCUAUCCUACUGGUGCCCCGAAACACCAAGAUACCUCGCCUCAAAACAACGCCAUGAUGAAGCGAAACAAGUCCUCGCCCGACUCCGCGGGAAAACAGUAGACGAUGAAUCCAUCCUUGCGGAAUUCGACGAAAUCGAUACCCAAGCUAAACAACGCGCUCAACUAGCCUCAAUCUCAAACUGGCAAGCUCUGAAAGAAUCUCAACUAAAUCCAAACUACCGCCAGCGUUUCUGGCUUCUAAUGGCCCUGCAAACCGUCGCUCAAUGGUCCGGCGGAAAUGGUAUUACUUAUUAUAUCUCUACCAUCUUCCAGUAUGCUGGUAUUACGGGCUCGAACGAGUCGCUUAUUUCUUCGGGCGCAUACGGCAUCGUUAAGCUGGUCUUUACUAUGGCGUUUACAUGGGGUCUUAUCGAUCUAUUCGGUCGUCGGCGCUGCGCAUUAACGGGUCUUUCACUUCAACUUGCUGGACAUAUUUAUAUGGGUGCUUAUAUGGGCCUUCAACCUGGUUCGGGGGAUAAUACCAAUGCGUCGAAUGCGGCGAUUGCGAGUGUUUUCAUUUAUGCCGUUGGCUGGUCCAUCGGUCUUUGUACGAUUCCGUAUUUAUACGGUGCGGAGAUCUUCCCGACGAGAAUUCGCAAUGUUUGUUAUGGUGUUAGUAUGGGUUUGCAUUGGUUUUUCCAGUUUUCUGUCGUGCGGGUUACGCCCAAUAUGUUUGCUUUGGAUGUUUGGGGUGCUUAUCUCUUCUGGGCCCUUAUUUGUUUCCUUGGUUUGAUUAUUUUGGGUAUCUGGAUGCCUGAGACUAAGGGGGUUUCUAUGGAACAGAUGGAUGAGCUUUUUGCGGGUCCUUGGUAUAUGCGUUGGAAUGCCCGUGUUAAGUCGGUGGAUUGUGAUAAUGCUUCCUUUGAGGAUGUGGAGGCUCAUGAUCAUCGUGAUCAGCCGAAAGCUACUCUGUGA